AUGAGACUGAAAUUAAAGUUUCUAAACUAUACUAUGAUCAAUUUCUUGUCGAAGUGGAUGAGCAAUACUUUGUUGCUAAAACUGUAAAUACACUCUUUAUUUUUUACUACUGCGGAUAAACAAACGCAUUAUUUUGGUUCAGAUAAUCGGGGACUUUCCCGGGGUUACAUGGAAACUCUUUGCAAGCUCAAAUCCCUAGAAAGAUUAGCUUUGUAUGGUGAGGUUGAGUGUUUGCCUGAGCAAGUAGGUGGUCUGGUUCAGCUCCUACAAGAGCCUUAAGUAACCUUCAAAAGGUAAAAAAAGUCUUGACAUAAGGUGGAAUAGAUUUAAAGAUCUACGUGAACUACCGAUAAAAUUUCUGAAUCUUCAACAGUUAAGGCGUCUAAUUUUCUGGUAGAAAAUUUCUAGCUUUGGAAAUAACUUGCAGCAGGCUUGUGGUGGGUUCUUCAGGAAAUGUCUUGUACUUUAUAUUUUUGUCAGUGUUAGACAACUUGAUAGAAAUUAGAGAGCAGUUGUUAAGACAACAUUUACUAAAGAGUAAUUAUGACAAUGAUAGGAGUGGAGAACAAGCUAAUUGGCUUUAGUUUCCAUGAAAUUUCCACAAGAGAAUAGUCAAGAUUGGUCGGUUGGUGGGUGAUAAUUACGGGACUACAUGGAUUGACUUACAGAUCAAGAGUAAAAAAGCUAGUGCUUACUACAGCACAGCCAGUAACAUAUUAGAAAACACUUCAUUCAGAUUUGGUUGAUCUGAUUAUCACCAAGUAACCAUGUCUCUCUUCUUCUUCAGUCGUAAAUCUGAUAAUCGAAGCGAGUACUAUUUCGCCCAGAUUCCAACAACAAAUUCUUCUCAUUUCAACCAGAACAAAGGUGAGAGUUCUUCUACUUCAUCUGUUUUUGUGUCAAAUUAUGAAAAGCUUCCUGAUCUUGUUAAGGCAUGCUUAAAUUAUUGUUCCAUCAUCACUUUUAGAUAUCCUGUAGACAAAGCAAAAAUAGUUAGGCUUGUGUUGGCUGCAUCUAUAUUGCUAGAAAAUCCAGGGGAAAUCAUGGAGGAUAUUAUAGAAAAGAUUAUUGAGGAUCUAAUCGGCUUGAAAAUGCUUCUGGUGGAAGAUGUAUAUCAUGAGGCGAAUGAAGUAAAAGUUUCUGAAUUAUAUUAUCAAAUGUUUCUUGUUGAACUGAAUGAACAAGAAUUCGUUAAUAAAGCUGCAAAUUUACCUGUACAUGCUGUCAUAGAAGACGAUGGGAAGGACAAUCCUCCGGAUUUCAAACACCUUCAAAUUCAGUCUUUGUUUCUAAUUACAGCUGAUCGACGUGGUUCUUCUAAUGGUUCUUUACAAGGACUUUCUUGUAGCUAUAUGGAAGCCAUCUGCAGUAUGGAACAUCUUUGGGUGCUAGAUUUGGACGGCAAGAUAGAAUGUUUGCCUGAUCGAGUCGGUGACGUGGUUCAUCUGAAGUAUUUAGGCUUGUUUUGUUCUGAUCUUGAUAAUCUUCCAAGAACUUUAGGUAAUCUUCAAGAAUUACAAACUUUCGACAUGAGGUCUAGCUGUUUUGAGCAUAUACUACCAAUAGAGAUGCUGAAUCUUCAACAUUUAAGGCACAUCUUAGUGUCCCAUAGCACUAAAAAUGGUGAAAUUAAGGUUCCAAAGGGAUUUGGAAGACUUUUUAAUCUUCAAACAUGCGAGGGUGUUUAUGCUGGAGGUGGCGCUGCAGCCACUGAAUUGUGUACUUUAACCCAACUAAAAAAGCUCGGUGUUAAUCGUGUCUCGGACGAUCAUUCGAGCGAACUUGUUGCAGCGAUGAUGAAGAUGACAAAACUCAUCUCGUUGAGCUUAGAUGCAGAGUAUGAAGACGAUUACACACUUCUUCCUGAAAUGGAAGAAUUCGCUCCUCCGCCUUUUAUUCGGGAGCUGCAUUUAAGUGGUGGAUUAGUUGAAAUUCCUAACUGGAUUGCCUCCAUGGAAAACCUGACGACAUUAAGUUUAUUAGAGUCAAGGCUAUUGGAGAAUCCAAAUUCAGUACUUGAGCGUCUUCCGAACUUAAAACACUUCACUCUAUGGCGUGCUUACGAGGUUAAGUACAUCGGCAAAGAAUUUUGCAAAGUGGGUGGUUUUCCAAAGCUAGAAACUCUCACCAUUGCAUCAGACACUCUAGUGGAAUGGUCUGAGGUUGUGGAAGGAGCUUUUCCAAGUUUACGGCAUCUUUGCUUCCGUAAUUGUAUGAAGCUCAAGUUUCUCCCGGAAGGACUAGACAACAUUUCUACACUUCAAGUAUUAACAUUAUUGCCUGCAUACAACGACAUUAUUCGGCGAUUGAAAGGUGAGGAGUUCUAUAAGAUUCAGAACAUUUCAACAUUAAAAUUUCUUGAAUUAAGUCCCUGACUGCGUUGAAUGGAAACUUCCUCGAGGCUUGAAUUUUUGAUAUUUCAUUUUCAAUUUCAAAAACGCUUCUAAAACUUCAAAAUGUAAAACAUAUUGAUUUGCUGUUUUUGAUUUUGGUGUUUUUCAUUUCGAUAUUUAUGUCUCUGCUGCAUAGAUCCAAACAAGUUAGAACUUCA